AUGAAGGCGGUGUCCAAGGAGCUCAUCACCGGGGACAUCCAGUUCAGAGGCGCGCUGUCGUGCUUCGAGCCCGCCAGGGAGGCGAUCGAGGCCGCGGACUACGACCCGAUCGUCCUGCGGUACAACCCCGACGAUACCUACGGCGACGGCGCCAACUUCGAGGUGGCGUGCACCAAGGAAACCGCCGACAGGUUCGAGUUUGAGGCCCAAGAGGCGUUGGCGUUGGAAGCAGCCGCCGCCGAAGCCGCCGCCGCGGAGGCCGCCGCGGAGGCUGAGCGCAACAAGAAGCCUCCGAGGGCGCGCGCGGGUCCCCAAACAAUCAGACCCUGGGUCACAGACGGCACCACGGAGGCUGAGAUCGACGCCAUGACGAUCAAGCCGGACUCGGAGCCCCCCGUGGUCAUCUCCUUUUCGCGACCUCGGUCGGAGUUUGGCAGGGCGAUCAACUUCGGCAACGCGGACGCGCUGGACCUGUUCGACUCGAGCCGGUGCGAGGUGAGGCCGAAGAAGGAGCAGCUGGAGUUUGUGACCCUGACCCACCUGGACGCCGGAGUUCAGGCUGUGCCCACCGUGAGCGAGAUUGAGGUGCAGGCCACGCCCGGUCCCCCCAAACCCAUGACCACGCAGACAGAACCGAGGCUCAUGGACCCCGAGGAGGCCAGAGCGCACACGCGGAACGGAGGCGAGCUCGCCACGUUCCUGAAGCGCAUCCAGAACGACCUGGAGGGGAUGCUCCUGGAGAACUCUGUAUUCAAUUACUAUGAAGACGACUUGGAAAUAUUGGCUCAGUACGACGACGACGACGCAGACGAGGGGACCGGGACCGAGGAGAUCAAGGAGACGAUGUCGUUCUCGUCCCUGACCCACAGCAAAGGGAGGAAGGCAUCGUGCGUGGACUGGAAGCCUAGCGAUAAGCUGGCGCUCGCGGUGUCUUGCGUGGAGCCGCACUCAUUUGAGGAGCGGGUGGAGGCGGGCGGGCAGGCUCGACCAGGUUCAGUGCUUGUGUGGCACUUCACCGAUCCGAUCAACCCCCAGUACGUCCUUGAGGCUCCCGUGGACGUGCACUCGUUCGCGUUCAACCCGGAGGACUCCAGCGUGAUCGCGGGCGGUUUGGCCGACGGUCGCAUCGUGAUUUGGGACACUAGUGAGAUUAGGGAUGAGAUUCUGGCGUACCAGCUCCGGCGCUCAAAGGGGGGCGAGGGCAACAGCAGCAUCGGUCCACCCGUGUGCCGUCCCAAACAGCUGUCCGAGGCAGCCAUGUCUCACGUUCUCCCCGUCACCGACAUCAAGUGGCUGGGUCCCGUCGCGGUGAAUCGCAAGGGCGAGGUGACCAAGACAGAGGCUUGGAACUUUUUUGCCACGACCUCGGCGGAUGGAAGGGUUCUCUUCUGGCCAACCGAGCUCACCAAGAACCCCAAGACGAAGGUGAUGGAGUGGACACCUUCGCAUGAGUGCAAGAUGACGCGCGGGGAGGUCCCGGGCAUCCUACAGGCCGUCUCACUCGACUUCAUCGACCUCGCCGGGGGUAAGUCCACGUUUUGGGCGACGGGCAUGGCGGGCGAGGUUGCGCAGUGCGACUUCAAGAUGCAGGAGGGGGACGAGACGGUUCCGAUGGAUGCCUCCAGGACGGUGUCGCACUUCCACGAGGGACCGGUGCGGAGCAUCGAGAGGUCGCCGUUCUUCCCAGACGUGGCGUUGUCGGUGGGCAACUGGACGUUCAAGCUGUUCAAGGAGGGAUCCCAGAAGCCGAUAUUCUCCGCUCCCACGUCGGACGUAUACCUCUCCGUCGGCGCGUUCUCUCCGAGCAGGCCGGGCGUCGUGUACAUCGCCAAGAGCAACGGCGAGAUCGACGUGUGGGACUUCACCUCCAAGUCCGAUAGGCCGUUGCAGACUGUGCGGGUGUGCAGCGGGGACAUUGGCUGCGUCAAAUUUUGGCCGCACCCCGAGGAGAAGAAGGGGCAGUUGCUGGCUGUUGGCGACGCGGCGGGUGUCUUGCACGUCAUGGAGCUGCCCCGGUCGUUGCGUCGCGCGGUUAACGGCGAGAAGGAUCGGAUGGAGGGCUUCCUCCAGCGCGAGACGGACCGCGUGAAGGAUGUGGACGGUCGACUCGAAGGCAGGGAGGCGCAGAUCGAGGAACUGGAGCGGAGGCUGGCAGAGGAGGAGGCCGAGGCGGCGAGGCGUAAGAAGGAGGAGGAGGCGGCGGCCGCAGCGGAGGAGAAGAAAAAGAAGUCCUCGAGGAAAACGCACACGGAGGAGGACAAGGCGGAGGAGGAGUUCGAUAAGAUGGAGAGAAAGUUCCUCAUCAAAUUGGGGCUCGUGGAACCCAACGAGGACGAGUUGGAGGAGGGCGCAUGA